AUGCCUGCAAGAGACAAGGCAAUCGUAAUACUGUUAGAGAAUGUCCGAUUCUGGCUUAUGUGCAUAUUCAACACCAAAAGGGAAGAAGUUCAGAAAUGGGUAAAUUCAGUUGGUAUAAGGAUCUUUGUGAUUAUUGAGAAACACAAGAAAGUGGCCAUGGAAUGUUACUCAACAAUGGCUAGAAAUGCUCGGUUUUCAAUAACAUAUAAAGGAACAAAAACAUUUGUGGUUGAUUUGGUGAAGAAAGUGUACACUUGUAGGGCUUUCCAAUUAUCUGGCAUACCAUGUCCCCAUGCUUUAGCUUCUAUAUGGGCAUCAGGAUUGAACCAUUAUGAUUAUGUUGAUGACUGGUAUAAAAAAGAUGCAUACAUGGCUGCAUAUGUUGAGAUAAUUGAGCCCAUGCCUAGUCCAGAUAAGUGGCCUCAAACUGGCCUAAACUCCAUACUCCCACCUCCAGAGCAAGUCCUACCUGGAGGACCAAAGAAAAAGAGAAACAAAAGUAAUGAUGAACCUCCACCAGGUGCUACAACACUAUUAAGGAAGGGUCAAGCUAAUCACUGCAGCAUAUGUAAGCAAACUGGGCAUUCUAAGACGACUUGCCAAAAUGAAGUUGUUAAGGAGCCCAAAGUUACUAAGAAGAGAGGUAAACCAUUUAUGGCUAAUCCACUUCCUGAGACAGUGAAGAUGAAUGAGAGGAGAAAGAGACAAAAAGCAAAGGAACAUGCCUCUGGAUCUCAGCAACAACAAGGAUGA